UUGUUUCAGUAAUAAUCUAAAAAAAAAAAAAACUAUAUUUGAGCUGAGAAGAGGGCGUUAGCUACGUGUUUCAAAGCUUGUCAAACAGCUAUGUUACUGUACUGAUUGAUGGAUACACAAUGGACGAUAAGUAGCUCUAUUAGCAAACACAGACAACAAUUCAAACUAGGCACCAGCAACAACAACAAAGGCUGAGAAAAGUCCAGCAGGGGGCGCUGACGUAACUUCAGCUCGUUUACCAACUCGCCGUUGGUGAGAAGAAAUGGAGGAGGAGGCGGAAGAAGAAGAACAACAAUAAACAUAGACAGAAGAUGAUUUGACCCUCUCAGCUGCUCAAAGAGGGAAAAAGACGAGCCGUUUGGUAGAAAUGAACGAACGGAACCCGCGACCCCCCCGGUGAGCCAAAAACUGGAGACGAAAGGGGGUGACGGAGGACAGGAUGGAGGUCGACGGACGCCAGGACUCCACCGCGGAGCUCUUCAGCUGUCUGUCGGACGCUUACGAGUGCUUAGUGACGAGUUCCCCCCCAAAACACCCUGCCGCGCACGUGGCGUCCGCGCUGUUUUCCGGGCUGUGCGAGCCGCCCGCGGAGCUCCACGGAGCCCGGUGGGAGCUGACGUGCCUCGGCCUGACCGUGCUAGGGAGGGCGCUGGGCAGCGCGGCGGUCCCGGGCCGGUCCCCCUGCUGGACGGACGUCCUCAAAACGCUGUUCGAAGACAUGGAGGCCAUGUCCCAAAUAGUGCGCCUUUUCCAGACGGGGGAUGUGGUCGUUUCCCACCUGGCGGCAAAGACGGCAUCGCUGUACGUCGUCCACCUCCUCAAUGAAUCGGGGACAGUCAGCUCCGUCUGGCAGGAGAAGUGUCUGCAGGCGUUCCACAGCUCGGUUCCCGGUACUGAGUUAGAUGCCUGUCUGUGGUCACUGACUGAUGUUCUGAAAAAACUCCUGAAAGGAACUCGUGAAGCUGUGCUUCUGGGAAAAGUCCUGGUGACCUUCGACCCCAGCUUGAGGGCUCUGACUUCCAAGCUGCUCAUAGAAGACAGAAAAGAGGAGGGUUCGGGGUUCGGCCAUCACCGGGGAGUAACCGUCUGCCUCCUGUUGGACCUGCUGGAGGCUCUGACUGCAGCCAGCUGGACAUGUGAGGCAGAGGUCGACCUGGGGCCUCAGACUCUCAUCCAGAGUCACUCCUCGGCCCUCCUGACGGCAGUUAGCUGCUCCUCGCCCUACUUCGUCAAAAGGCAGAUCCUGCUGCUUCUGAAGCGAGCUCUGUUUCAGAAGCUGGGGGAGGACUGGUCUCUGGGAGGACUGAAACCCAGCAGCGGGAGCUCAGACACGAGCGUGCUGGCCCGGUGCGUGCUAACAGCGGUGGCCAACAACUGGUUGGAGAGUGUCCAGGUGGAGCCGGCCGCCUUCUUCGGCGGGACCAGACAGGUCGAGGCAGGGGAAGGACAGAAACCAGGUGGCGUGAUGCAGAGAGCCGUCAGCCUGGUUGUGCUGAAGUCCGUCCAGCUUCAGAUGGAACGAGCCGGAGCAGCUGGAGGAGUGGGCGGAGCCUCGGACGCGUGGCGCUUUCUGCGCGGCUUGUGGGGCUUCCUGAGGCGGUGCUGCGGCUCUCCGGCGGAGCCCCGUCACACCUGCGGCUGGAUCAGCGUGCUGUUUGCAGAACAGGACGACGACCUGAUGGAAGCGAGCCUCACGUGCCUUUCCAUCUUCCUCGCUUACAGACAGUCCCCGGGGCGGGACGGCGAAGCUGGGCUGGAGGCAGCCUGCGCGUCGGGCUGCAACCCCCACUGCCACUUCGUUCUCCUGCUUCAGAGCGUCUCCUUCGACCACAGCAUCCUCCUGGAUUUCCUCAUCUCCGCCGAAACCCGCUUCCUGGAAUACUUUGUGCUGUACCUCAAGUACCUCAGAGAGGACUGGAAGGGCUUCGCGGCAGCAUGCAGAAGUCUACACGCGUCAGACCGCUCAUCUGCCGACGUAAGUGGUGGCCAAAGGCCUGCAGAUAAAGCGGAGUCCAGCCCCUGUGUCCAGCUUGUAUGUCGUAACGCACCAUUGGGAGACUCCAGUUUGGGUUCUGGGCUCCGCCUUGUCGAGUACAGCUCUGAUGAGUCGGAAGCAGAAGAUGCUGAGGAUCCUGAGAUGGAACUGGGGGCGUCCGGACCGUUUGAAGCCACCGGGCUAAAACAUCCAGGGUCACCCACGGCUGUCCCGGAAGAAUGGAAUUCCAGUGCGGAAAGAAAAGCACCCCCUGGAAGGACGUUGUCCGGGCCUGGGCAGGCUUCCUGCGACCUGUCGGACAGAGCAGUUCUCUGUUUGUCAGAGCUGAAAAAGGUGGUGGCCAGGCUGCAUUCAAAGAAACUCUUCCCAUACAACCCCUCUGCUCUCCUGAAGCUGCUGUCUCAGGUGGAGAGGAGAGGCCAGCCGUCAUGACGGUGCUUGUGGCUUUUCUGUGUUUUUCUAAUAAAUGAUUGUCAAACCAAUUA